UCUGGCUGUGUAGAAUUUGUUGACUUGAGUAUGUUGAGAUCAUAAUUUUUCAAAGCUUUGAGAGAUUUACAGAACAUGUUAAAAUGCGAGAAGUAAAAGAUGAAGACGAACAGACCUUAGAUUGUUUUCAUGAUGUUGCACAGCAGUAAAAAGGAAAACGGCCAUUCUAAAGAUGAAAAGAAUAAACCACGUGAUGCGUUGGAGUACAUUAGAACACAGAUUGCUACGUUAGGUGUGAUUCGCAAAGUCCGGAAAAAACCUAAGUUACUAAAGUUACGAAGCGACUUUUCAUUAUCCGGUAGUCUCAAUCGCCAUGGUUAUCAUUCUCCUCAGCAGAUAGGAGAAGGGGGCUGUGCCUUUGUCUAUAAAGUGUCCAAAUGUGACCCCGAUCCGCCAUCUUCUACCGGAAGUGACGACAAAGAUAGUCGUUCUGAUGUCGUCGUCGCUAAGGUUUCCAAGAGAUCUAUUUCCAAUCAGUGUUCCCAAGAACGAAUCUCGUGGAUGUCCGAAGUCGAUAUUUUAAGUGCUAUUAAUCACGUGAACGUUAUUCAGUGUCUGGAGUUCUUUCACGUGGGUGGUCAUGGGGUUAUGAUGCUGGAAUAUGUUGAUGGUGGCGACGUAUAUGACGUAAUAAGUCAAUCGGACUCAGUAGAUGUAAAUGCUAGAAGUAUAAUAUGUCAGAUACUAGAGGGCCUGGACUAUUUACAUGGCGUAAAACGCAUCGCGCACAUGGAUUUGAAAGUAGAAAAUAUAUUGUUAAACAAGAAAGGCCUGGUUAAAAUUUGUGAUUUUGGAAGUGCUGUUCGAGUUCCGGAAUGCGGUAAGAUCCGAACCCUGGGUAUCACUACGCCGUCGAUUUUACCACCCGAGUAUAUCCAGUGUGACUUCUGUGAUCCAAUGGCCUGUGACAUGUGGAGUGUGGGAAUAAUCAUAUAUCUAUUUUUGGCACAGAAAUACCCAUAUGGUAAUGGCGAAUUGGCAGUCAUAGAUUUGUCAAUUUAUAGACAAACUUUAGAUUUUUCUGAUGUAGAUAAAAUUGAAUUUGAAAGCAUGAUUAAUCUUAUAAGGUGUUGCCUCGAAAAAAUACCAAAGAAAAGACUAACAGUAAAACAGGCGUUGCAGUCGCCAUUUUUCAAAUUGUAAAAACCCACAUUUUGAUAGUCUCUAUCACCCAGACAAAUAUUCUACGAAUAUUAGUCUAGAUGCUUUGUCAACAAUUGAGAAUAAUAGGUCAUUAGCUAGAUUAUCAGGUCUUUCACAUUAUUAUAAACACAAUCUAAGGGAGGUAACUAGUCCAAAACUAAGAUGUCGACGCCCAUGAAAUUAAUUUAAGAAUGCCAUUCCAGAAAAUCCAUUUGAUUGCAUUGUCAGUUCAAUAUCCAACACACUUAUUUUUUUUUUUAUUUUAAAAUUUCAUUCUUCAUGGACCAUUAUAUCUGUUUUUUUUAAUUAACCAUAAUUCGUCAUCACGAUUCAUGUUUGUUUAUAAUAAUGCAAGAAAUGUGGGAUUUAUGACGUGAAGGGGCUCAACUCUUACUUGACUUGGCGAAAAAUACUGGAUAAUGAACCACAUUAAAAAAAACCUCCCGGUUACGCAUGGGCAAUGGAACUUUUCAUCAAAUAUUGACCACGGUCCCAGACCCCCCCCCCCCCCCCCGUACGUUGAAGACUAGGGGGUUCUGGGUGACCGUGACUAUGAUUUUUAGUGUUACAUAAAAAAUCUAAGCUUCUUCUGAAGCUAAAACAUAGUGUUCAAUUAGUUAGAUUUUAUACCAAGCGUAGAUGGGCCUUGUCAAUACUAUCGU